GCGGAGUUUUAGCUGUUGUUUCCAUGGCGCCGAUACACAAUCCUACCAAACCAUACAUGACAAACUUCCCAGCAAAGAGAAGCAGCGGAACAGACUGAGGGUGCACGGAAAACCUCCUUGAAUUUGAGAUUUCAAUUAUUUUGCAUCUCCGAAUGUUCCAGACUCUGCACUCCAAUAAAGUGGAGAAUGAAGGGUUAUCUGAAAACCUCCGAGGGGACUUUCAUGUUACGACCCAAGAGCACCACAGUGGGGAGGCAUGAAGACAGUGAUCUGUGUUUGCAGACAGCGGGAAUGGAGGAGCGCCAUGCCCUGAUCGAGUUCAGUGAUUUGGAGGGCAGCUUUGUGCUCCGAGACUUCAACUCCUACCACGGCUCCUUCGUCAAUGACUGCCGGAUCCAGAACGCUGCGGUGCGCCUGGCCCCGGGAGACGUGCUCCGCUUCGGCCUCGGGGGGCCCUGCUACGAGCUGGCGGUGGAGAACACACCCUCGCUCUCCUGCCCCCCAGUGUCUCAGCGCACAGCUUGGCAGGGACACCUCCAGAUCAUUAAGGACCCCAGACCGCCCCCUUCCCCAGCACCCCUCUCUCAGCUGCCCUCCCUGCAGCCCCAGCCCUCCUCUCCGACUCCCUGGACCCAGGGGGGGGCCCCCGGGGCCAUCCCUCACCCGCCCAUCAGGACCCGGCCUGCUAGCGCGGGAAACAGGAGAGGUGGGGGCCCCAUGAACUCUGUAGAGUAUGGAGCACCCUCACUCAGAACAGGAAACUGGACGGGCAGUGCUGGAGUGGGGCGCUCAUUCACAAACGGGCCCCGGUCUCUCUCACCUCAGGCCCUCGAGCUCUUGCUUCAGGAGAAGGAGCAGAGGCUCUUGCGGCAGGGGGACGAGGUGAGCAGGCUGCAGGUGUUCGAAGGGGAGUCGCGGCGCAAGGACGCGGUUAUCGCCAGCCUCCGGGACGAGAUCGCUGCUCUGAAGCAGCAGCUGGCACAGGGCCGUGGAGACACAGAGAUCAUCCACACACUGAAGACACUGGAGAGCAAGAAAGAGGAGAUCCAGGAGCUCAAGGAACAGAUGAUCAAGCUCAAGACAGGCUCAAGUGAAGUCCUGAGGCACGCCUUCAGUGAGAGAGACCUGGAGAUCAGCAGCCUGAAGACCGAGAACGAGAGGCUCCGCAGAGACAGCUCCAUGUCUGCAGGGCUGGUGACCAGUCUGCAGCGGGAUGUCUCUGCCCGGGAACAGCAGGUCAUGCGGCUGGGCGGCGAGGUGGAGAAGCUGCACAAGCAAAUCCGUGAGAAGGACAUUCAGCUGGCAUCCAUGACCGCCAAGUUUUCAAAUAGGAGGGAGACCAAGAAACACGAAGAGGAGCUGGUGGCCCGAGAAACUGAAGUGGUCGCUCUCAAAAAACGCUUGAAGCAGAUGGAGCAACAAGUGAAGGAGCUGGAGGCUGACACUGAGAAGCAUCACUCCGAGCAGGAAGGCAUGAAAGGCAGGCUGGCUGAGGACAGACAGGCCCAGGCCCGGCUGCAGGAGGAGCUGGAGAGAGGCAGGCAUCAGCUGCAGGAGACGGGGCUCCGGGAGCAGCUCGCCAGGGUACACCUGGAGCAGACACAAGCCCGGGUUAUUGAACAGAUGAAGGAGAUCAUUGAGGAGAGAGAACAGCUUAAAGAGAAGGUGGGGGAGCUACAGAAGCAGCUGGAGGGGAAGACCUCUGAACUGGACGAGAGAGCGGCCAACGCAGACAAGUUGAAAAACACACUAGAGGAAUGCCAGCCCCGUCUGAAGGAAGCCCGUUCGGCACCUGCUCUGAAAAGAGAGGUGGAAGCUCUGCAGCAGCUGUGUGUCGACCCGUCCCUGAGCUGGGUCCAGAGAGUGGCUGUGGAGAUGCUGCUCCGGGAGUUAUCAUUGCAACAGGAGGUGGAGCAGGCCCUGCGGGAUGCUGGGAUUGAUGUGUCCAGCAACACGGAAGGAAUCCCAGGCUGUAUCAAGAACUUGUGGCAGCGCCACCAAGAGGCAGAGGAUAAGAGCAGCGCUUUACAGGCCCGUCUGGAGGAGCUGCAGGGUUCCCAGGAUGCUUUGCUGCAGGAAAGGGAGGAGAUGCUGAAGAAAGAGCAUGAGAACCAGCAGCAGGACGAACUGAAACGCUUGAAGGAAGCAGCAGAGGAGCAAAGCCAGCAGUGUCUUGAAGAGUCCCUGAGGGUGGAGCGAGAGCACAUGGCAGAGGAGCGCAGGAAACUGGAGGUGAUGGAGAGUCAGUACAGAGAGCUGAGAGAGUUGAUGGAAGCAAAAUCACAAGAAGAGGAGACUUUGAAAUCACGACAGAAUGAGCUCACUCAAGCACUGGAGUCAGCCAGGAAAACAGAGGCGGCGAUGCGGGCGGAAGUGGAGGAGGAGAGGGAGAAGCAGCGAGAGGAGACGGCCCAGUACAGGGAGCAGGUCCGACAGCACUCCCGCACCAUCGUGGCUCUGGAGGACAGGCUGCUCAAGCUUAGCCACAAGCAGGGGGUGCUGGAGGAGGAGAGGACAGCACUGCGAGCCAGACUCAGAGAAGCUGAGAAGAAGCUGGAGAGCAGACAGCCUGCCCCUGCUCCCCCAGCCCCCCCGACUCCCUCAGCCCCCCCGACUCCCUCAGCCCCCCCGAAUCCCUCAGCCCCAGCAGUCUGCCCACAGCUUGUUGCCCUCAGGGCAGGGUUAGUGGAGGCCCAGCGAGAGAUCCUGUCGCAGAGAGACGUCAUCGUGGGACUCAGCAACGACCUGGCGGGGGCGAAUGCCAGGAUGUCAGACAUGACAGGAGAGCUGAGUGAGAAACAGAAGAUGGAACUGGAGCAGAACCGAGCCAUCGUGAGGGACCAGAGGACUGAGCUGAGCACGCUCAGAAAGCAGCUGGCAGGGAUGUCUGAGCUGGUGGAGAAGAAGAAAGCAGAGCUGCAGAGCGCAGUGGAGGAACUCCGGCAGUGUAAGGCUGAUCUGGAGAGGCAGCGGAGCAUAUUGAAUGAGAAGGAAUCUCAGUGCGAGAAGCUUGAGGAGGAACCCAAAGGAGAGGGGAGAGACAGCCAGACACCCGAACACACAGAGGAGAGGAUGGUUACGACUGAUCUUGCAGACCAAGGGGCAAAGUGCAGAGGUCACCGGCACGAGGAAGUGAUCCAGCGGCAGAGGGCAGCUUUGGCAGAACUGAGAGUGAGGAUCAAGGCAUUGGAGCAGACGAGACCCCUGUUGUCCAGUCAGGAGCAGGCUGUCCAGCAGGUGGCGAUCAUGAGGAGGGAGCUGGCGGAGCUGAGGUCACAGCAGGCCAUUUCAGACAAUCACAACCAGGACACUGUUUUCGGGAGCAACUGGCUGACAAAAACGUCUGAAGGCCAUUCCUCUGGAGGAAUGUCUGAGGCUGCUGUGGAGAGAACCUCCAGGCUGGACUUGUCAGAAGCUUUGGACCUGAGUGAGAGAACGUACCUGGACCUGGUGCGAGCCCUGGCCAGCCUUCUGAAUGUAGGAGAACUGCCGGGCUCCUCGUCUCUGAAGCACGCUCCGCCUGACGAGAGGGAGCGUCUCAUCUCCCAGAGGCACACAGACCUGGAGCUGCUCCACACGCGCCUCCGCCUCCUGCACAGCCAGCUGGAGCGCAAGGAGGAGCUGCUCAGAGGAUACCAGAGAGACCUGGAGCAGCUCAGGCAGAGCCAGGAUUUGGUGCACAGGCAGCAAGUAGAGGUGGACCGGCUGAGGGAGGAGUUCCAAGAACAGAGCCAGGAAAGCGCCCUGCUUCGAGAGGCCCUGAACCGGGCCCAGCAGAGACUUGACCAGGAGAAGAGGCUCAACAAGGCCAUCAAGGAGCGCAAGACUUUCCACUUGGAGCAGCUUGAGAAGAGGAGUGUGAAGACUCCUUCUCACAGCUGUGUGCAGGAGGACAUGCGUGGAAAGGCAGAAGCAAAGAAGGCAGCCCUGCAGGGAAAGCUGAAGAAGAAGGGCUACGAGAUUGAAACCCUGAAGAAGCAGCUUUGCAAACAAGACCAGGAACUGUGCAGCACCACCACUAAGCUGAUCAACCUGCAGAACGCACUGGUAACCCAACCUGCUCACUCAUAUACACACGUAGAGGACUCAUAAGCGUUAUACUCUGAGAUCUGAAUCAGUUACGUCUAUUAAUAGUCCUGGAUAAUCUACAGCACUUGUGUAAAGCAGUUAAAUCUGAUGUGUUUGACUGGGUUCAUCACCUAGUCAAAGCACUGCCGCUUUGAGUGCAGGGUGAGUUGCAGAUCUUGGCUGGGGGCCACAGGGAGCACUGAAUUGGCUCAAGCAGGGUUAGGGAAGGAAAUUGUCUCAGCAUGGUUCACCUAAUCAGGCUUCAGUGACCUCUGCUGGUCUGACAAGUCCAGGAAGUCUCCAGGGUUCAGAAGCUUGGAACCAUCCAUCCUGAAGAUCUGCAGCGAUGAGGUGGCAUUCCAAUUGGGCAUUUAAAAUUGAUUAGAAAAACAAAGGUAAAAUGUAUCUGAUGUGUUCGAUCCCAGGCUCCAGUCAAUAGACUGAAAAUUAACCACUCAAUUUUCAACAUACCAAAUUCAGGGAAUAUUUUAAAAUGUCCUUUUAAAAUGUUCUCUGCACUUGAACCAUUAGCUCAAUGACCUGCUCAAUUUAAAUUAUUUUUUAAAACAUCCUUUAGAAAAAGUAUUUUUCAUCAUAGAAUUAGCUUAGAUGUUACCAGUUACAAACCCCCAAUUUGAUUAAUGAAAAAGAUCUUGAAUGUGAUGAUAAAAGAGCACGAUUGCCCUGUUAUGCAUAGAGAGUACAGCAUGGAUGAAGGAGCUAGUGCAGCACCAGUAUUCACGUAUGAAGGUGAACCUGCAGGACAUGAGAAUCUUGCUUCAUUAGAUCUUUAGUCACUGUGGAGGAUGUACAGCUGGAGGCUGUACUCUACAGAAGGAUCAUGAGUAUAGAAAAGGGGGGAGUUCAUUAGAAGCUGAAGCAACACUGUGGAGAGAUGAUUUUCUAUUAAGAGAUUUGUGGAAACCAACAGCAUUCUCUUUAACUAAUUCUACCCUGGACACAGGUGAAGGUGGAGUUAGGGAUUUGUUCAGAAUGGGUUGUAUCCUGGAUACUGUGCAAAAUAAAAAUAAAUAAAAGGGAUGCCCAUUUUAAACCAGCUUUUUGUUGGUGUAUCUGCAUGAAUAGAGCAUACUUGGGGCUUCUGAUUUUCAGUUUUAACCGAUAAAACCCAAUAAACACCCCCGAUACAAAAAGAAAAAUCAUUGUGGAUAGCCAAUAAACACCAGAAAACACCGGGAAAACUGUGGAAAUGGUUAAUCAAUUCACGUUGAUGUUACCCAUUUCCCAUUAAAAAAUAAAACCUACUACAAAAAUAAUAAUAAAUACAUUUCCCAGUGCUGCUGGGCAAUGUCCCGCCUUCCUGACUUGUAUCUAUCAUUGAUUCAUUAUGAAUACUUUAAACCCACCCCAACUACUGAGUGACAGCACAUUCCUACAUUUCUAUUGGGGACUCUGCUUGCAAGAUUAAAAACGAGAUUGCAAUCAGGAAUGGAGGCUUGUUAGCGGGAUUUAAAGCUGUAUUACAGUUAAGAUACGGAGGAUUUAAAACAAAAUUGUGGCGAAAUGUACAAAAAUGCCUCCACACAAAAACCCCAGAAGAACAGUGCCCGUGACCAUAGGGAUUUCAUUGUGGAAGACAGCAAAGGAAAGAAGGUACAACUUAAGUGUGCAAGUACUGUCGAGUUACUACUAUACAUAUUUUGACAGAAAAAAAAACCGCUCAAGCAUUUUGGAAAGUAACCGAAAACACUAAUUUCAUACAGUAUAUCAAAAAUGAAAGCCCCGAAAAAAAAACGAUUUACAUAAAACUCGAAAAUAGCUAAAAAUAAGCACCGAAAAAUACAAUUAAUAAAAACCAAAAAACAGAAGCCCUAUGCAUACUCCUUGAACAUUCAAGCAGUACUGUAGGUUUUCAGCCCAUGAGGAUAGCUGAAUAACCACUAGCCUGACAGCGGCUGAGUGGGUUGUACAGCUGUUCUCAUGAGUGAAAUAACCACAGGACUCUACGAACCUUCAUGGAGUAUUCGGUUUAUAUAUAUAUAACAAGUACAAUGCCUGGGAAAGAUUUGGAAAUGUUCAAACCUAUAUUUAAGAGCUGAUAUCGGAGAAUGACUUUCCUUAGAUCAAGCUCUGCAUCUGCUUAGCAGAGCAUUGUGUCUGAGCAGUGUGAUUCGCUUGCUCAUUCUGUCGUUAGCAUGGUGUCAGAGCAGUGUGAUUCGCCCGCUCAUUCUGUCGCUGGAUUUGAAUGCAUACAAGAUAGAUUCCAAAAUGAGAUCCAGUAAGAAAAAAAUAUUCACUCAGGACCACCGAAUAUGAAAAGGUUAUUCCAUGCCUGACUUCUAAAUGCUUAUUGUAAAAAUUAUGAUAACCCAUAAGAUUACAGUCGCCAAUGAGAUCAAACCCAGGAAACUCAGUGAUGCUCGAGUGUGCCUCAGAAUGGAUUAUUUGUUCCUUACAUCCUGCUUUGACCUUUCUCUUUAGCAGUAAAAGGCAGGUUUCUCAUGAUGGGCACAGUGAAAAGGAGGACUCUCAACAGGGGCCGUGAGGAGGUGAUGCAUGUCUUUCACAGCUAGUUUUUUUGGCAGGCAGUAUCAAACGAUUACCUCCUGUAAUUUCCCUGCCUGCAGGGUGUAAAGUAGAGAAGAUAGCUGGAGGAAAGACCUAUUGAACUUCGGACAGCUGGGCUCUGAGACUGUGACACCUGAAACGGCACACUGCAAACAUCAGACCUGAUGCACAAACUGUGCUGUGACACACCCAUCCUGAAACAGCAUACUGCAAACAUCAGACCUGAUGCACAAACUGUGCUGUGACACCCAUCCUGAAACAGCAUGCUGCAAACAUCAGACCUGAUGCACAAACUGUGCUGUGACACCCAUCCUGAAACAGCAUGCUGCAAACAUCAGACCUGAUGCACAAACUGUGAGGCCACCAUGCUGGUACAGUAGAAUCUCAGAGUUACAAACCGUAACUCUGAAAAUGAGUUUUCAAUGGUUUUAAUAAAUGUGUACACCUGUUAUCUACACUCUCAAUCUGGCAAAUAAUACAAGGAUAUAGCACAGUAAUGCAGUACUCAUUGUUAUGGUUUGAUAGGCUUUAAAACUGUACUAUGCAUGGGACUGUACAAAUUCAACUUACCAUUUAAAUUUUAACUGUCGCGGAAACACAGAUUUAAAUGUCCAGGAAAACCUGGGUUACCUUAGUUCUUGUCUGUAUUUUAUUUUAAAUAUUGUUCAGUCAUUCAGACUCCUUUGGCUUGAAAAACUGUGCUUUGUUUAAAACUAAAAUGUUUCAAGUAAAAUUGCCCGCACUUGCUUUGAAAUCUGCCUCACCUUUGUCUGGAUACAUUUGUUGGUCCAGUAAUUUUGCCGCCUUCAUGACCAGCACACAGCUUAUAGGAGUGCCUAUCACGCAUUGGUUGAGGGAUUGCAUACUUCACUGGUCAGUAUGAAAGUUUGGUGUUCGUAACUCUGGGUUUCUACUGUAGUUCCACAAUCUACAGUGGUAUAUAUAUAUAGCACACAAAAAAAUCUGAAAAUAAUCGAAUUGCAAUAUUGAUCAUGACAGUGUUGGGUAUCCAUUGAUAUAUGUUGUGCUGUAACCUUCCUGAUCUCAUUCAUAAAGCUGUUCCUAAUCGUUUAAUUGUGUAUCUAUGGGCAAUUGCUUCAAUGCAUAGACAUAAUUGAAUGAGUUAUAUAUAUAUAGAUAGAUAGAUAGAUAGAUAGAUAGAUAGAUAUGGUAUGUUAUUUGACUACUAGAUUUUCAAAAGCCUUGUGUCCAUUUGUUUAAAGUAAUUUGAAAGGGAUCCCAUUAUUUUCCAUUGGCAGCAGAGCCUAAACAGAACCACACAUUGUCUUUGUUUGGCAUGAUAAAAAGUCAAUAAAAGUUCAUUUUUUGCA